CCUAAUGCAUAAUUACCAUCAAGUGCAAGAUGAAAUUAAGAAUAAAACUAAAAUUUAUCAAUAAACCCAUCAACCAUAUGUUUUUUAGCAUAAUCCAGUGCCUUCUUCCCACCCAUCAGCCAUAUGUUUCUGAGCACAUAGAACAUAUCAAGGAUUUGAAAACACAGAUUAUUAACAACGAAUAUGCAUAUCUGGUUGGCGGGGAUGUAGUCUUUACUGUUGAUAAAUUUCCAAAUUAUGGCCAGUUAUUUGGACAAAAAUUGGAACACAAUCGGGCUGGUGAACGAGUUGCUGUUGAUUCAAGGAAGCGUAAUCCAGCAGACUUUGCAUUGUGGAAGGAAUCUGCAGUCUGCAAAGCCUGGUGAACCAAGUUGGGAAAGCCCUUGGGGACCUGGUAAACCUGGAUGGCACAUUGAAUGUAGUGCAAUGAGUGCACAUUAUAUGACAUUCAAGUUUAAUAUUCAUGGCGGCUGUAUUGACUUGAUUUUUCCACAUCAUGAGAAUGAGAUUGCCCAAAGACUACACCAGUAGGGACAACGAUAAUUUCCGAAAGGACAAAAAGGGCAGGGUGGGAGGUGACUUCUGCGACGAAGGGGCUGAGGGCGGAGCCAUCGAGUGAUGAGGCUUGCUUCACGAAGUGAUCAAUGACCUCCUCUUGCUUUUGCUUUCUAAGGGUGUAAAGAUAAAUUUUUAUAUAUUGAAUUGAGUUUGUGAUGGUAGUUUAGAUAGUAAAUUUGGGUUUAAAGAGAGAUUGAUUCUUUAAUUAAAAAUAAUAUGG